AUGGAGGAGAUCAACUGUAGAAUUCUAGUUCUCCAGGAUCCUGACUGGCAGAACUGCAACAAAGUUGCCAGUUUAUAUGUAGCCCAGCAGGGCUACAGUGCUUACACCGCCCAGCCAACUCAAGGAUAUGCACAGGCGUAUGGGCAACAAAGCUAUGGAACCUAUGGACAGCCUACUGAUGUCAGCUAUACCCAGGCUCAGAGCACUGCCACCUACGGGCAGACUGCAUAUGUGACUUCUUAUGGACAGCCUCCCACUGGUUAUACCACUCCAACUGCCCCCCAGGCAUACAGCCAGCCUGUCCAAGGAUAUGGCACUGGUGCUUAUGACACGACCGCUGCUACAGUCACCACAACCCAGGCCUCUUGUGCAGCUCAGUCUGCAUAUGGCACCCAGCCUGCCUACCCAGCCUAUGGCCAGCAGCCAGCAGCCACUGCACCUACAAGACCACAGGAUGGUAACAAGCCCGUUGAGACUAGUCAACCUCAAUCUAGCACAGGGGGUUAUAACCAGCCCAGCCUAGGAUAUGGACAGAGUAACUACAGUUAUCCCCAGGUACCUGGGAGCUACCCCAUGCAGCCAGUCACCGCACCUCCAUCCUAUCCUCCUACCAGCUACUCCUCUUCACAGCCAACAAGUUACGAUCAGAGCAGUUACUCUCAGCAAAACACCUAUGGGCAACCGAGCAGCUAUGGACAGCAGAGUAGCUAUGGUCAACAAAGCAGCUAUGGGCAGCAGCCUCCCACUAGUUACCCCCCUCAGACUGGAUCCUACAGCCAGGCUCCAAGUCAAUAUAGCCAACAGAGCAGCAGCUACGGGCAGCAGAGUUCAUUCCGACAGGACCACCCCAGUAGCAUGGGUGUUUAUGGGCAGGAGUCUGGAGGAUUUUCCGGACCAGAAGAGAACCGGAGCAUGAGUGGCCCUGAUAACCGGGGCAGGGGAAGAGGGGGAUUUGAUCGUGGAGGCAUGAGCAGAGGUGGGCGGGGAGGAGGACGCGGUGGAAUGGGCAGCGCUGGAGAGCGAGGUGGCUUCAAUAAGCCUGGUGGACCCAUGGAUGAAGGACCAGAUCUUGAUCUAGACCUUCGUGCUGUGGCCCCAAGUAAACUGCUUGUGCCCUGUAAAUAA